AUGGAAUCAAUUAAAAUAAUGUCAAGAAAUACACAUCAACAUGAAGAAAAUGAAAGAAAUCCAACGACGAGGUUACCAUCAUCAGUACGUCAAUGUGAUUGUUCAACAAUUGGACAAAAAAUUGCACAUGAACAUGGAUAUCGUUAUGUUCGACAGAUUUUUGAUGGUUUUUGUGAAAUUGAAGAAGAUCCAUCGUCUGAAAAUCAUAAACGAUAUCGACGAGCUAUUGAGCAAGGAAUUGAUCCAGUUGAAAUUCUUUUAGAACAUGAACAUGUUGAAUGGGCUGAAAGUCAAAUACCAAAAAAACGACAAAAACGUGAAUUUAUUUUUAAUGAUCCACAAUGGAAUUCUAUGUGGUAUUUGAUGAGAAAUUUACAAAUACCUACUUUACCAGAUUUAAAUGUUACUGGAGCUUGGGAAAUGGGUUAUACUGGUCGUGGACAAGUUGUUACAUUUCUUGAUGAUGGUCUUGAAUUUGAUCAUCCAGAUUUAUUAGAAAAUUAUGAUAAAGAAGCUAGUACAGAUAUAAAUGAUAAUGAUGAUGAUCCAACACCACGUUAUGAACCAACAAAUGAAAAUAAACAUGGAACUCGAUGUGCCGGUGAAGUAGCAGCAAAAAUUAAUAAUAAUAUAUGUGGAGUUGGUAUUGCAUAUCAUGCUAGAGUUGGUGGUAUUCGAAUGUUAGAUGGUGAUGUAACAGAUAGUGUUGAAGCACGAUCACUUAGUCAUCGACCUAAUCAUGUUGAUAUUUAUUCUGCUAGUUGGGGACCAGAUGAUAAUGGUCUUGUUGUUGAUGGACCUGGUCGUUUAGCAAAAAAAGCAUUUGAAGAUGGUGCUUUACAUGGACGAGGUGGUAAAGGAUCAAUAUUUGUUUGGGCUAGUGGAAAUGGUGGUCGACAAUCAGAUUCAUGUGCAUGUGAUGGUUAUAUUACUUCAAUUUAUACUAUUGCUAUUAGUGCAACAACAGAACGUGGUAAUAAACCUUGGUAUCUUGAAGAAUGUUCAGCUACUCUAGCAUCAGCAUAUAGUAGCGGUCAAUCAAAUCUUGGUGAACGUGAUAUUUUUACAACGGAUUUAAAUCAUGCAUGUACAAGUCAUCAUACGGGUACAUCAGCUGCAGCACCAUUAGCUGCAGCUAUUUAUGCUCUUGUUCUUGAAGCAAAUCCUAAUCUAACAUGGCGUGAUAUAAUGCAUAUAACAGUUCUUGGUUCUCGUCCUGAUGCUAUUCCAUCGAAUACAAAUCUUGUUCGAAAUGCUGCUCGAUUUAAUGUAAGUAGUAGAUUUGGUUUUGGUCUAAUGGAUGCUGGUUUAAUGACAUGGUAUGCAAGUGGUUGGGAAAAUGUUCCACCAAUGUCAACAUGUGAAUCGAAAACAACUUCUCCUAGAGGAAUGAUAUUAGGACGUUCAGAACAAAUAUUUGGAUUAGAUUCAAUUCAAUGUAAAAAUACUAUUGAUCCAAAACAUGAAGUUAAUUAUAUUGAACAAGUACAAGUAUUUGUUACUUUAACAACAGAUAGACGUGGUGAUAUUGAAAUUUAUCUUUAUUCACCAUCAAAUACAAGAACACAACUUUUACCAAGACGUGAACGUGAUCAAAGUAAUAAAGGUUUUCAAGAUUGGCCAUUUUUAACAGUGCAAUUAUGGGGUGAAGUACCACAUGGAAAAUGGCAACUUCAAAUUGUUAAUACUGGCUCAGGUUCAGCUACAUUAGUAUCCUGGAAAUUAGUUAUUCAUGGUACACGUGAAUAUCCUAUUUCACCUCGUUCAACACAUAUGCAAUUACCAUUUGAAGCAGAUCGAUCUAGUUGUCACAUCGAAUGUAAACUUGAUCAACCAUGUGGUAAUACUGACACAAAUUGUACAGCAUGUCGACAUUUUAAACAACCAUUAACUGAUGGAAAAUUUCGUUGUGUUGGUAUAUGUCCCGAAGGAACAUAUCCAUAUGAACAAGAUAAGUUAUGUUUACCAUGUCAUCCACAAUGUGGUUCAUGUCGAAAUGCAAGUGAAAUAAGUUGUAUUAGUUGUAAAUCAGAUUUAUUUCUUAUACAUGAUCUAAUGACUUGUGUUGAAUCUUGUCCUGAACAAUAUUAUACUGAUCAUCAUCUACGAAAAUGUAUUCGUUGUAAAAAUGAUUGUGCAUCAUGUGAUACAAGUUCUCAUAUAUGUACAUCAUGUUUUGAUGGUUAUGCUCUUAAAGAUACAGAUUGUAUUAAAGCAUCACAACCUUGUGAAACAACUGAAUAUUUUGAUUUUAUUACAAAUGAAUGUCGAUGGUGUGAUUCAAGAUGUUUAACAUGUAGUGGAUCACAAAUCGAUCAAUGUAAAUCAUGUGAUAAAACAAGCAAAUAUCCAUAUCUUCAAUAUCAUGCUUGUGUAUCAUCAUGUUCACCAGGAUUUUAUCUUUCAAAAAAUAUAUUUCAAUGUCUUCCAUGUCAUGAAACAUGUCUUAAUUGUACAUCAUCAAAUGAAUUAUCAUGUACAUCUUGUAAAAUAGGUUAUGUUUUUCUUCCGGAUAAUCAUCGUUGUGAAAAACAUACUGGUAAACCAUAUUAUCUUGAUAUAGAUACAGGUGAAACACAUACAUGUCAUGGAUCAUGUACACAAUGUAAAGGACCAAAACCAAAUGAUUGUAUUGCAUGUAAUUUAAUAAAUGAAGUAUUACUUGAUGAUGGACAUUGUGUUAAUAAAUGUCCAUUAGGAUUUUAUAAAAAUGAAAAACAAACAAUUGAUUUUCAAACAAAUAUUUGUUUACCAUGUUCAAUCGGAUGUAUAUCAUGUAAUAAUAUUAAUCAAUGUGAUCAAUGUGAUCAAUCAAAAGGAUAUAAAUUAAUUAAUUCCAGUUGUAUUGCAACAUGUAAACAAGGUCCAGGUUCAUACUGUCGUCAAUGUAAAUAUCCAAUGGCACUUGAUACAUUAACACAUCGAUGUUUAUAUUGUUGUACAACAAAUAUAACAACGAAUGAUUGUUGUCAAUGUCCAUCAUCUUGGGAUGGUUUUUGUCUUCAUCCACUUGUAACACCAUCGUCGGUAUAUAUAAAUAAUUGGUUUAGUUCAUCAAUUAAUGUAAUGCGUAAUAAAUUCUAUGAAUUAAAUGAUUCUCAUCAAAUAUUUAUUAUUAUUGGAUUAAUUAUAUUUUUUAUUAGUAUUAUAAUGUGUUUUAUUAUACUUGGUCUUCGACAACUAUUUCAUUCACGUUUAACAUCAAGACAAGAACAUGCAAAUAUUGAAUAUGUUAUGUUACAAAAUGUUGAUGAUCAUGAUGAUGAAGAAUCAAAAUCAAUUGAAACGAAUGGUUAUACAAAACAAAUCCUACCGAUUGAUACUACUAUAUCAUUUAAUCCUACAGAAGAAACUUGA